CAGAAAUGUUCUUUUUCUUAAAAUAUUAAAACGUCGUGAAAUGUUUUAUAAAAAAAAAAUUUUUUAAAUCAGAAAUAAAAAAAAAAUUUUAGACGCUUGCAUAACCAUAGCCGAUAUCUCGUAAAUAGAAAGAGAGCUUCGUACAAUGGCAUAUUUCCGAUCAGGGCAGGAUAAUAUUUCAGGUAAAAAUCAAAGUAUUAACCGGUUAUGGAAAAAUUGCCAGCUCUGUUAUAAGAGAGGACACUUAGCCUGUAAUUGUAGAACACAAAUCCAAUGUCAAAUUUGCAAAAUCCACGGGCAUGCAGCCGACAAGUGUUACUUCCGCGAUGCUCAAUCUCAACAACCCGUUAAUGUAGUACAAGAAAAUUACGUCAUUUGCCAGUUAUGUUCUAAACCCGGUCACCAUGCUAAAUUUUGUAAAAUUUAUAAAACUAAUGAACAAAAUAAGCCUUACGUAAUCUGUCAAUGGUGUGAUAAACCGGGUCACACGGCUAAUAAUUGUUGGAAAAAGCAAAAUAAACAAUAUAACAUAAAUAAAAAAUCAAAAAUUGCAUGCCAAAUUUGUUAUAACUUUGGGCAUAUAGCUAAAGAUUGUCGAUCUAAAUUAGAGCAAACCGCAGUAUCUGUAGAUUCAUUAUUCUGUCACUAUUGUAAAAAACGAGGGCAUCUUCUUAAGAAUUGUAAACUACGUAUCACAAGUAAUAAUUAUAUGAAUGAGCCGGAAAACUCCGAUGGCUUCCUCGAAGUCAGGUAUGCAAUUGGGGACCGAACGAGUUCCACAUCCAUGGGCGUCACAGAAAAUGUUAACCAAAAUGCUUGGGAACCCCGACCCGUAAUGAUAAACCUCGACAAACACAGUCGUCCGCCUACUGUUCAGAUAAAAAUUUGUGAAUCAACUUCUCCUAUAACUUUCGCAUUAGAUACAGGUUAUGAAAUAAAUUUAAUUAAAGAAAAUUUUGUGCCCAAAAAUAAAACAAUCAAUUACGACAACAUAUUAGAAUUAAAUGGUAUUUACGAUUAUCCGACUUACACUCUAGGAGAAAUUAAUUUACUUCUUUACGGAAAGGAAAUAACUUUUCAUAUUGUAACUAACGACUUUCCGAUCUUACAACCAAGUAUAUUGGGCAAUGAUUUUUUUUAUCAAACUUCCGCAAAAAUAAAUUAUGCAAAGGGACAUUUAGACGUUUUUGGAAUUAAUCUACCCUUCUUUUCACCUGAAAUGAUUAUAGUAGCACCACGAUUAAAAUCGCCAUUUUAUAUUAGAGUAGAGAACCCUGAAAUAAGAAUCGGGGAUAUACCUAGAUUAAAAAUAGCGCAUGGAAUUUAUGCGAUAGAAACUCUAGCGGAAGUUAGCUCAGGAAAGGCGUAUAUAGAUGUUGUAAGUAACUUGGACGAAGAAAUAGAAGUCCAGGUACCAACCCUACGUCUUAGAUCUUUCUCAAUUGUUGAUCAAGAAGUCUCUAAUAAAAUUUAUGAGGAAGAAAUAAAAGAAAAUAUUAACAAUAAAGAUAAAACGAACAACAAUUGUAACGUAAAUUUGAAAAACGAUGAAGACAAAAUUAUAAAUGAAAAUAAAAACAUAAUAGAAGAAGAGAAUAAAACAAUAAAUAAAGAAAUUCAGAUGUUAAAUAAAAAAGAAGGGAUAAUUGAAAACAAAUCCGAAGACGAAAUUGAAAUUAAAGAAAAAGAUAAACAUACACUAACACAAAAAAAUAAAAAUUUGAAGGAAAAAUCUAUUCUAGAACAAAAAUCAGGCUCCUAUGCCUCUCCCGAAGUUCUAGAUUCCCGAAUUGGAGGGGGAAAUUACCAAACCCCUCGUGAAUUAAGUAGUGAUCCAAAAGUCGUUGGAAAUGAGGAUUUCCAUAUCUCUCCUGGAUUGCCCAGAGAUCCAAGAAUUCUUGAGGAGGGAAGUUACCAAACCUCUCUUGAAUUGACCAGAGAUCCAAAAAUCCAUGAGGGAGGAGAUUUUCAAACAUUCCUCGGGCUGCCCAGGGAUCCAGAAAUCCUUGGAGGGGGAAGUUACCAAACCUCUCCUGUUUUAAUUGAUGAUCCAGAAAUCCUUGGAGGGGGAAGUUACCAAACCCCUCGUAAAUCAAUAAAUAAUUCUGAAAUCUUAAAGGGAAAGGAAUAUCAAAUCCCCCUUAAAAAUUAUGAUACAAUAAAGGAAGAUCUCCAAAAUUCUAUAAUGUAUUCUUCAGUCGAUUGCAAGGAGGGAAGCAACCAAACCUCACUAGGUAACACGACACGAUUUUUCUUAAAGGAUUCAAAAACAAAGAGCUCCUUAGUUUAUCUAAAAAAAUUAAAAUUCCCAAGAAUUGGAAUAAAUAUAAAAAAUAAAUAUAAUAGAAAUAACAUUUCUCAUAUUGCUAUCAAAGAGCCUAUAAAAAGAACUAAGUUUUAUAAUGCAAGAAAAUUAUAUGAUUCCAAGAAGAAAAAUAAACCACUUUUAAAAAUCCUUGUAUCAAUGCAAGUCCAAUCACAGAAGAUAAUAGAAAAAUUCAUGCGAAGAAGAAAAUCGAAACAUAAAGAAGAAAUAAAAGGCAAUGAAAUUAAUGACGAUGAAAUUCUUAACUUUAAUGAUCCGGAAAAUGCGAAAUUAAUUUCCACGAUACUGAAGGACUCCAAUGAAAAGGACGAAGGCUACGAAGACUUCAACUUCUCUGAUGAAAAAAUGGAAGAUUCAUUAUCUAACGAUGUAUCUGUUAAGAACUCUAACCAAAUGUUAUCUACAUACGAGGAAAUGUAUCAACCGCUAAAAUUACAAAUUAAAGAGAAGAUCUCAGUCCAUGAGUCUCUUAAAUCUAACAAAAUACAAUUUCAAGACCGAAGAAAUUAUAAAUUUAUUACUAUUUUAUACUACAUUAUUAGUAUGAUUACUACAUUGUUAUACGUUUAUCAUUACAUUUGUCAACAUUUGUCAAAAUUAUUUAAGAGCUUGAAGAAAUAUAAAUACGAACCUGAGGAAAUCGAGGACAGAAAUGAUCCCCCGGACAAAGGAUACCUUACCUACGAUGAAGACAUAAAAGACAAGAAACAACUAGAUUUGCAAGAACAAAAAAUUAAAAUUGAAGAUAGAAAUGAUCCUCCAGACAAAAUAAAUGAUAUCAAGGAUGAUGGAAGAACACGCGACAAGGACGAAGAACUAAAAAAGGAUGAACAAAACCAAAUUCUAAGCAAGUUACGAAUAAAUCCUCCACUAGUAAUAUACAACUAUUUAAAAAUAUUACAAUCAAUAUCCACAAUCUGUUAAUAUUAUAAAAAAUAAUAUACGCACUUCAACUAUAUCGACGAGAAAUCUUUAGAUCCCAGCCUAUGAAAAAAAAAAA